GUGUCCAGCCAAUCGCAGGGCGAGGCAUGAGGUUGAUUGACGGUUACGGAGUUAACCGUUAAUGUCCCGUUGUAGGCUCGUAAGUUAGCUCGCUGGAUACCCACCAAAUCCAUGCUCGCCAUUGAACCUUGAUAUUACGGUAAUUUUAGAGCGCGACAGAGCAUUUCUGAGCUUUACACUGAUUAAGACCGUUAUAGCACACUGGUGUUAGCUAACUAGCCCAAACAAUAUGAGGUCAGUCAUGCCCCUGCGGCCCUUCUCCUUUCCUUUGCCUGAAACUCGAUUCUUCAAAGCUGAUAGUUUGAUCUACAAGUUCAAGAUCAGCGGAGGCAGCAGCUUCAGAGGAGAGGAGGGUGUGGGAGAAAACCUCUAUGAGGAACUGGAGGAAAUCAUCAGGACCAUUCUUGGCAACCUGGACAGCCUCCAACCUUUCUCUAGUGCCCACUUCAAUGUCUUCCCUUAUAAGAAGCCGUGGGAGGGAGCGUCGAAGGUGACGUGCGGUGAGGGGAGGCUGCGAGCUUACCCGUUUAGUCUUGUCCUCUACCUGGAGAAAAACACACAGAAUGAGGGAGCGAAGCCAGGGGCAGAGAAUUUAAGCCCACAGAAAGAUGUCGUGAAGCCUUUCCUCUCCGCGUCCGAGCCCCCGGCAAAGCGCCGUAGGAGGGAUUCACCACUAGAGGAGGCCAUUCUAAAGGAGUUACACGGGGACAUGGAGGCUCAGAGCAGCGUCUCUGUGCUCGGCAGGCUUUCUCUGCACUGCCCACGUGCACAGAAACAUGUCGCAGAGGAUCCAGGACAUGCUGACAAGAAGGCUUUCACGGCGUUUGAUGAACACCGGCAGAAACCCGGUGAGAACACAAUCAGAGGAAGAAGGCCUCCAGAUGAAGUGCCCUCUGGGUCAAUGCAGCACAUGGGGGGCGAGGAGCUCGACCAGGAGCUCGACCAGGACCUCGACCAGGAGCUCGACCAGGACCUCGACCAGGACCUCGACCAGGACCUCGACCAGGAGCCUGUGAGGCCGGGGAUGUUGAGUCGACUGGUCAGAGGUAUCUUCCCCUUCUCCUUGCUCUUCAGAGAACCCUGAGGCCGGUGGUAGAGGGACUGCAGAUGUUACUGGUCGCAGCAGUGGAAACGCACCGGGGUUUGUUCGGAUAAAGUUCUGCAACAAAUAAGUUUGUUUGCGUCGAUACUAAUGUUUUUUCUUCUCCUUCAUCCUUUGUUGAUCAUCUCUUAUACUUGUGUCAUUAUUUAUUUAUUCAUUUUUUAUUCAUUUUUUGGGCUGAGAUUUCAUCUGUUUAUUCACUUAUCUCUGGAAGUUCUGUUUUACAUCAGCUUUUUGUUGUAGCUCUUUAUUGAUACCAUAAGCAAUAAAUACAGUUAACUCUUUGUUUC